UGUUUGUGCUGGGAAAUAGCUCUUUAUUUUUUCGCUACGAAAGGUCUGGAUGUGUUUAAUCUUGCCCCUGCGACGUAUGUUCCGUCCCGUUGCUUGCGUAUUUGGAUAUGUCUGAGAGGAAGUCUUUCCAGUUUUUGGGCCUUUGCUUCUAUUAAGGUACUAGAUAAAGCUCAUCAUCUUGAGACACUGGCAAGGCCGCGUGUUCCCAGAACAUGAUCCCAGAUUAUUGAUCGCCAACACUUUUGAGGACUCAGAUAUGAAAUAGAGGCUCAAGUUUUCAGAACCAUAAAGCCUCAAACCAAGAAUUUGAAGAUGAGUCCAGAUCUCUGGACGUCCUUAUUCAAAAUUGGACAAUCCGACAGGCUUUAAUACAACGCAUUGUUGCUAAUGCCAGAUACCAUCAGCUCAAGUUCAUCCCAUUUAACGCGGGGUAGAUAAAAAAGAAUACACACUCCUUCUACAUAUUCACUUUUAUAAUCGCAUUUAUAAAAACAAGGAAACCACUCCUUCCCGUCAAUUCUUUUUUGGUUUAAUAGCUCCGGACAGUUCAGACGAUAUAUAUCUCUAUUUCAGCCACCAGUCUUCUCUUAAUUCCCCUCCUUCCAUUUCCCCUCUUCCCACAGUUUGGGUCCUACAAGUAAUUAACCACUAUUUUUUACUACAUUGAUCUAGUCCUAGUCCCUCAAAUACUCUUUAUAUUGUUUGAGAUAUUCCAGAACAAUGAGCACUGCACCAGACCCAAGAUUUCCCGACCUUCCUGGCUUGAUCUUUGGCUUUUCUCCGUCUCAACAUCGAAGAAGCUCCAUGAAACGCCUUCUACGUCGCUAUAACGUUCAAGUGAGGGGUAACGAUAGGAAAGAAGACACUCUUGGGAAGCUUCUCGAGCUUGAAAAGUCGCUUGGAGAAAGAGAAAAAGAGGCACUCGUGAACUGGUUCGCCGGCGAGAAUUCAUGUAGAGCUCUGGCAGCUCUUUUAGGUGAUGCCUUGAAGGUAAUUGUCCCAACCUGGUUUGAUGUCUAGCUCAUAAACGUUGUCGAACACUCCGUUAACACACUUACUAACUUUUGACUGUGCUAGCCACCGAUCACUCCGAAGAUCAUUGAUCAACCAGCAUCCAAAAAAGCAAAACUCGAAGAACCAGAAGACGAAGUUCUGUUUGCCGCGGUUAAUGAGUGUAGGAUUUGCAUGGAAACCCUAGCACCGGAAAAUUUCCCACAGAGUCGCAUAACCAGUACAUGCGCACAUCAUCCAGCGGUUUGCUGUCAAUGUCUGACCACACAUAUUAAUAUCCAACUUCAAACAAAGGCAUCUGAUAAGAUUUUGUGCCCCGAGUGCCCAGAAAAAGUUUCCGAUGCGGAAAUAAAGAGUUAUGCAUCACCAGAAGUGUUAGAAAGGCAAUAUACUCUGUUAUAUUUCUGUCAUAGCCAUACUAACUUAUGCACCUCACAGAACUGGAAGGAGAACAUUCAUUGUGUCUCUUCAACACCUCCCAAACUUUACCUUUUGCCUUAGUCCUACCUGCGAAUCAGGUCAAAUACAUACAGGCGCCGAUCAGCCAAUGAUGACAUGUACUACGUGUAACUUUAAAACAUGCUUCAUUCACAAACUUCCAUGGCACGAAGACCUUACAUGCGCCGAAUUCGACAUUUUUAAUCAAGCCCGUAUUCGUCAAGAAGCAGCUUCCGAAGCAUGGAUUAUUCAGCAUGCGAGGCUUUGUCCAAACCCAGAAUGUGGAAUGAGAAUACAGAAGAAAACUGGCUGCGAUCAUUUGAUUUGCGAGUGUAAGUUGUAUUUUUAAGUCCUUUACACUGAAUAUUCCAACUGACUUAUGAUUGAUUUUUAGGUGAUUAUUGCCUCUUCGAAUUUUGCUGGUGUUGUUGUGCAGAUUUCCGGACAAUUAAAAGACAAGGUAAUGAUGGUCAUAAGGAACACUGCCAAUGGCAUACGAGCAAUAAAAAUGGAAUGCCUGGAUAUGGGAGAAGACGUGAGCCUGCUCCAAAACGGCCUAAAGAAGCAAAGGAUCCGAAGAAAUCGAAGCAGUCGAAGAAUCCGAAACUUUCGGAUGCAGAUCCAGCUCCCGAGAGAUUGAAUAUUUUGAUAGGAUUGAAACAAAUGGAUGAGCCAAUUACCCCAGAGGAGAGGAAGCAAUCACAUGCGACAGUUGAACCACAUAAGACAGCGAAUGGGAUGGAACCAUAUCGGCGAGAAGCUUCAGAUGAUGAUAAGCAUUCGCCUGAACCGGAUGUUCCAGAAUGUCUGGAAAAUUCAAUUGGACUACAGGAACCGACAGAGUCAGGAGGCACGACUCAACGAAAUCCAUUAAAGCGAUCUAGGGAUGAAUAAGCCAUCAACAUAUACUCUUCUAUAUAACUUCGCGAUUGGACGCAAGUGCGAUGAUAUUUGAAUGUUAACACUUUUGCAUGGCUUUCUCUCGUUGGACUUAAUCAAUAUCUUCAAAACAUGAGUAGAAAGGAUUCAUAUUAUUACUACCAUUACUGGAGUAUGUUUUGAGGUAUGAGCUACUCUGAAAUGCGACAAUCACUAUACAGGAACAUAUCCCACACGUGUGGUGACAAUGAGACCUCAAUAAACCAUUUUGGAGUCCAACCCAUUUCAACCUUUUUCCAAAUUCUAGACUCAUCAUUACAAAUUCAAUAGGGAAUAUUCUCGGAUUACCAAUUUAUGCGAAGGAAAACCUCUUAAGCAGAUAAAGUAUUUAUCUAAUCUUUUUCAAUCUGAUACUUUGAUAUUCAUCUAUCCAAA